GAUAGAUAGAAUAUUCUUCUUGCGCUGAAAGUUUUUUCACUUUGUUCAGACACAAUAAUAGAACUUUAAGUACUCAGAUUAAUGGCUUGAAAAGAAAGUUCUUCAGCUGGUCAAUUGUUUUUUAAAAAAGAUUAAAACAAAAAUAGUACAAAUACUUCAAAAUUGUACCAGUGAAUGCACUUAUAACAUUACCCAUAAUUAGGUAUGGGAAGAUGAUUUUUUUCACCUCAUUAGUUAUGAUUUAUUACAGAGUCAUAAGAAGUUGAUGCUUUAUUGAGGCACAGUGAGUGUUAAUGGUGAUAUUCAAUAAACUCAUUUUGCAGGGGAGUCCUCUCAACGACCCCUAUUGGUCCCUCAGCCACAGCUUGAGAACCGUGUGGCCUAGACUGUAGCUAGUAAUGUCUCUAGUCCUUUUUAGAUACUCGGCUUUGGGCUUCAUCUCGCGGUGAACUGGAAUGCUUGGAGCGUUUGCGUGUCAGCAGAGUGUGUGUCUGCCCAGGCACGGAGCUUUGCGCGCAGCACCAUCUCUGCUAACGGACUGAGGAAUCCUGGUGGCCUCCAUCUCUGUCGUUUCUUUUCUGUUAGACACCUCAUGUAAACUCAAACCUGCCAGUUCAGCUAUGAAGACUGAGAAAAGUUGUGUGGAAACACCGGUGACUCUCCGGGAGGUCAAAGAUCUGCUCGGAAAGCUGGCGCCCGGAGAAGAGGAUGCCCCGGAGAAGCAAGACGAAUGCAAGUACGUCGAUUUGGAGUUAGUGGACGUGACUGAAUGCGGGGCAAAAACGGAGAAAGACAAUCGCUCUGGUGAAAGAAACCAAAUGUCUGUCCGUAUCAACAGCAGCAGCCCCGGUGCUGCCCCGGAACCAAAGGAUGAGCACGAGAUUAAGACUGAAAUUGAAACUCAGAAAAAAGAAGACUUUGGAGCUGGAAAAGGUGUGGAAGACGUCAACGAGGGAACCUCUGAUCCACUGUCGUCACCAAAUUGUCCUUUGUUUACAGCAGACGACUGCCUCAAAUCCAGAGACAAGAGCGAGCGCGCCAUGACGCAGCCCGAGAUGCCUGAAGAAAAAAACAAGAAAAAGACGCCAAGAGAUGAGGAGUUAUACUGUGAUAAUUAUUGGAGCGGGAGAAGUGAGUCAGAAGAUUAUGAGGAUGAUGAUGAUGAUGAUGAUGAUAUUACUUUGGUGAUUUCUGACGACUGCGUCCCGUGUGUAACGGAGGAUGAGUCUCAUUACAUUACCACGCACGAGAUCCAGCUCUCGGAGCUUUCUGAUCAUGAGGGGGACUGCGACCUCGGGGUGGGCUCCUCUGCCAGCUGGGACAUUGAGGAAAGCAACCAGGUGUACUCAUUUGUCGAUUAUGCUUCUUUUGACGGUGAAGGAGCGGCGGGGGAGAGGGGGGACGGCCGCCAGCCCCGCUCUCAGGGCGAAACAGCAGCAUUCAGCACUCUGCAUGAAAGUGAUCUGUGCGACGCGGCCAAGUUCACCAGCUCAGAUGAGAGUGUGAUUAAGCCGCCGCAGCAGCAGUGCAGUGGCAGCAGUGCGGGACAGAUCCACCUGUCAAUCAGAACCACUUCUCGAGCUAUAAAUGACCCUAGCAGCAUCAAAGAACAGGAAAAUAUUCUUUAUCAUGCCACGCGCUCCGAGGACACGAACCGCUAUGUGUUCAGGGGAACUGAUGGGAAGACAGAGACCUUGUGUGACAGGGCAAAGUCCUUCAUAGCCGCGCCAGGACGCUUACACUUUGGCCGUAAAUUGAGGGGAAAAGAGGUCACCGGGUAUUCUAGCGGUGCGUCCAGCGCUGUCAGCGAGCUGGACGAUGCUGACAAGGAGGUGCGCAACCUGACAGCCAGAGCCUUCAAGAGCCUGGCUUAUCCUUACUUUGAUGCCAUUAAUUUCAGCACCUCCAGUGAGUCCUCUGCAUCAGAGCAUGGGAUAGGGAUAAACAGGUGGUCCACAUUUGUCGACCUGAAAUAUGGCAACAUGAAUGUGUCGAAGGGACUGGACCAAAGUGUUGUUUCCCACCAGAACUCAAAGGCCUCACUUGAAAUCGCCAAAAAAGUAGAAAACAGAGGUUAUAAAGGCAUUGCACUAGCAAACAUCAAACCGCCCACCAGCAAGAUCUUCACCCUGAAUACCAAUCCUCACGGCGCAUCGUCAUCUACAAAGAAAAUAGAGGUGAUGGGAAAAUUUAGUCAAGGUCACAGUGGGGUCAUUAGACUCACAGAGACUCUGAAUUUUCGUUGCAAUGUUAAAUCGGGGAUGUCUGGGGGAGAAAGACGCACGAACUUUGCACAAAACGCUGCAGGAUCACGUUCCACAGAUGAAGUUACCAACAGUUUGCUAUGCAGUCAGAGGAGAGGGGCCAGGCAGCCGCCCUCUAAAACCAUGGAAGACACACACAAGAAAGCCAUAUUCGCAUCUAGCCUGAUCAAAAAUGUGAUUUCUAAGAAGAUGCAGUUUGAGCAGGAGCGCAAGAUGGAAAGAGGGGAGAUUAGUGAGCCACACCAGACGCCAUCUCCAUGCUUUGUGCACCAGGAGUGCGACAGCCACAGGGGGAAAGGGAGCAGGGAGCUACACAGACAGAGCUCUAAGAUUUCCGAAAGCAGCUCUGACUACGCCAUAAUGUGUGUGAAUGAAUUAGGGGACAUAGUGGACAGCGGCUCAUGUGAUACCAAGAGCGACUCUCUCAAGCAAGACGCAGUCGCUCCCGCACCAGAAACUAAUUUAGAGCCGACAAAUGAAGCUGGAAUCGAUACUAAAAAAGGCACACUGGAAGCGUCCAAAAGCACGCUGCUUCGCAGCGAAAAUAGCGCGUUCAGAUGCUGGAAGGACGGGGAGCUAGAGUUUCAAAAGGAUCAUAAAAACGAUCAAACUCCAGAGGAGCAGUCGCCUUCAGCUAACGACAAAGAGAGCGAGAGGGAUCAGCAUUCGUCGUGCAGCGGCAAACUGACCAAAAUGUCACAUUUGUUUGUGCCAAGUAUCCAACUGCUGCCCAGUGACGGAGAAGUCGGGCAGCAGCUGCAAAGCAGGAAUUAUUCUCCGUGUGGAGACGGGGGAGGGAUAAAACUGCGCUCCGACAACACUUUCUACAUCACAGACUCCAGAAGUGUGGCUACAUCUAAGUCUCCUGAAAUUAAAAUUAACUUGAGGAGUGUCCGAAACAAUAAGACGGAGCCUUUCAGCGUCUCCAAACCGCGCGCUCCCAAUAUAGGCUGUAACACAUCCAGCCUAAUGAGAACAGAUGACUUCAAAUGCCAGGCGCUGGCUGCAGCUUUGAAGGGUGAGUCUUCAGAUAAAGUGCCGCAUUUCACGGUUAGAGACAUUCGAGAUAAUAAAGGGAAGCUGCAGACGCCCAUACACCAAGUAAGAGACGUGCGUAAAUUAGUUAAAAGUUCAUAUCACUUUGUUUCUUUGGAUAACAACGAAAAUAAGUCGAACUUUACCUCUGCUGACAGUCAUUCAGAGCAAAAGAAGCAAAUUCCAUAUCGAAGUCCUAAUUCUGUGUCCCCUAUAGUGAUAAAAUGCCAGUCUGUCAAUACAAGUGGUAACGGAAAACCAUCUGGAAAUCUUACUGAGUUACCUCAUCGGGAUCCGUUUGACAUAGACAGAUCAUCUCCAGAGGGCGCUAAAAGUACUCCACUGCAAAGGGCAGUAGGGGGAGCACCCAUAGGUAACUCAAAUAGCUCUUCAGAGGGAGACAUUGGAUCGAGAACUGAAAACAAAAUAGCUCCAAAGAGGCAGGAAAAAAUAUCAGAUAUUGCAGAUAAGAAACCUGAAUCAAAGAUGUCAAACCAGGUGGCUUUGGAAAAACUCCAGGCUGCAGUGAAAACCAUGGAGCAGCUCUAUGUGUUUGAAAGAAAUGAAUGGAAAAGGAAGAUUGAUCCUCAGCCCCUGACAGACAGCCAUGUGCUUUCGCUUAUAGCCAGCGAGGAGCAUGGAGGACCCAUUGAUGAAGGAACAAGAGGGUUGAACAUUGACAAGACACUGUCAGCAGUAGCAGCAUCCCCUGGCCCUGACAGCUUCCUGAGGCGAGAGGACAAACUCCUUCAGACUGCUGUCAGCCAUGACGAAAGGCCGGUUGCUAAGUUGAUGCAAGUCACCAGGACCACAGGGAAUAAAAACACGUUUAGCCUCAGCUCCAGCCUGAAGGCCUCCACAACCCCAAAGAUGCCGCAGCCAAACCCUGUCACACAAGCACCUUUCAGUACCAAAAGCUUUGUUCCUAAGUCUCCAAAAUUGCCUGUAUCCUUAAAAGUCAGCCAAACAAAACUAAGUGGACCUGAGGGAGCUGAGUCAAAGGAGUUAGAGAGGUCCACACAAGAUCUGUUCAGCUCCUCAGCUGACAACGAGAACUACUUGACCAUUCCUGUCAAGUCUCAUGCCACCAGCAACAAACAAGCUUCAUCUUUGGAUAAAACACCAGUGUACGCAAUGACCACACAGACACACCCAACAACACCUUCAGGACACCUGUCAUCUGGUUCCAGAGGACAGGAAGACCAUAAUCAGUCCCCUAAACGCUCCAGCAUUGUGAUGGAGACAUGCUCACCAGAGAUCCCUUCCGCCAACAUUUAUCACUCCUUGCCACUGGGCAUGUCCACCAAUCAGCCUCAGGUUUACUGUUUUUCCCCAGCAAUCACACCUGCUCCCUCCCUGGAUCCCUUCCAGGUCACCCAGAGGAAGAUGCUCCUGGAUCCGACCACUGGAAACUACUACCUGGUGGACACUCCUGUGCAGCCGGCCACCAAGCGUCUCUUUGACCCUGAAACAGGCCAGUAUGUGGAUGUGCCCAUGUCGCAACCUCCUGCUACCCCUGUGCCAAUGCCUAUCUCACCUUUGGCCCUUAGUCCAGGUGUGUAUGGACACACCUACAUGAUUUACCCAGGUUUUAUGCCAACACCAUCCGUGAUUCCGGCUCGGACACUGGUGCAGUCAGAAGUGGAGAGUGUGGAAAAAGCCUCGUCUCAGCAGACUGAGGGCAUGUACAUGGAGAGUCCCUUCUACAUGACCACUGGAAAGUCUCCCAGUGCGGCCUUUGGGGCUCAACAGCAGGCCACUGCCAACAGGUCACUGCAGGGCGUCUCCAGUGUCAAGCAGCCAGUAAUCAGCAUCACUUCCCAGCAGGGGCCGCGGAUCAUUGCCCCACCAUCGUUUGAUGGGACCACCAUGAGCUUCAUGGUGGAGCACAGAUGAACAACAGCUUACCUGGGCAGGUCUGAGCUGAAUGGACACUGGAAUGCUACGAGUCUCUUCAGUUGUAUUGCUUAUGUGCGUUUUAUUGGCUGGAGGUGAUGAAUCACGGGCCUUGUUAAGAGGGCUCAUUUACAUCUUGUUUCGCCUUAUCUAACUUGAACAAGAUCUGUAUAAAGUACGUAUUCCUUGCUUUGUUUUAUAAGACUGACAUUGUGAGAAAUAGAAAAGCUAGUUUAAUUAUUAAGUUAAUACUGCAUUGGCUUUGCUAGUGCAGAAAUCAUUCACCCCUUAAUCUUCUUAAAUUCUGGAAAUUCUUUAUUUUUGAUGUCAGAUUCUGUAGGUUUUUUGUGAUUACGCAAUUUUAUUUCAUUUUUCAACUCAUUAUUAAAUCAUAAUAAUAAUGGUGUAUGAUGAUGAUGACUAUAUUUAGCCAAAUAUCUGCACCAGUUAACAUUUACCAUGUCAUACUUACCAUGUCCUGUGUGUUGGAUUGUAUGCAGUGGAGGCUAUACAGCUGUGGAGCUCCUAGAGAUCUCUCAUCAUGCACUUGUCCUGCAUAUUGAGCACUAUAGUCAUUUGAUUUUUGAACAUGGUGUAUCACAUUAGAAUCUUUCUAUCUAAUAUCCACUCAAAGGCAGGUUCUGUUAUAUUGAGAUAACAUUUAUCAAUCAGUUAUCACACAAAAUUAAAACUACUUAAUCCCUCUCCUUUCUCAUCAGAAUAUAAGGAUUUGAUUUUAGUGUUCCAAGCUGUUCUGGUAGUUCAGUGUAGCAACAGGAUGUUAUUUUCUAUAGUAGGCAGGGCAAAGACGAGCGUCUGGGAUAACUCAACUGUGUGACAUGCAGAAUAAUGGACUGUUUGACAUAUAUUUCUGUCUGUCACUGUUUCUAAGUAAUUAUUUUAACACUGAUGCAUUGUUUUGUACUUUGUUUUAACUGUGGAUCUGCUGGCCAGUCCAUCCUUGUUUCAUUUGAAUUGACUGCUGGAAAUCUGUCACUGUACUGUCUUUAUGCUAGGAAACUAGAAAGUCCAGUCUAACCCAGUAUCAAGCAUUCUUUUAUAAUGACUGUAGUAAAAUGAUGUCUGUUUGCCAACCUAUAGAGCCCUACUGUGAACCUGAAAAUGUUGAUUAUCAAAAAGUUAGAAAGGAUACAGGGUCCUUAGCAUGUAGAAACUGCCUGAUGCUAAUUUGUGUAGCAUAAUUAGCAUUACUUACCCUAAUUACCUAUAUGGACAAUAUUUUAGUAAAUGAUUGAUGUUGACUGCGAUGGUGUUAUAAGAGAAUACCAUAUUUCUAGAUGGAUCAUAGUGAGUUGAGGACUUAUUAAGACAUAUUCAUGGAUUCAGGUGAUGUAUUGUAUUAACAGGAAUAAGGUGUGUGGUUUAUAUAGAUAUGUUAUUGUUUUAAUUUGAAUUAGAAAAGUCAGUUGUCUGUUAGGGCUGUCAAAUUUUCCUUACACAAUUAUCACAAUUCACAAUAAUGAUAAUAUUGUGAUAUCAAUAGAAAAAAGGCUCUCAGUCAAAUUCUUCUUCAACUUGUUUAUUGUGUGUUUUGUCUCUUUUUUUGGUAAUUAGUAACGCUCAACAUAUGAGUGUAGGGAGGCGGAGAGAGAGUCUGUAACCAUAACUGUACAACAGUGUACAAAUAUAACAAUUAAAAUGAAUAAUGAAAAGGCAACCAGGAGAAAUAAUGAACAAUAGAUCUGCAAGGCCUAACAUCUGCGCUGGAUUAUUUACAUCAUAUUAUCAUAUAUGUAUUAACACAAUAUCAUUCAUCAUUUCAUUUUUUAAUGAUGUGGUAAUCAUCAAUAGCAGUAUAUUUCAUCACUGUCUGCCCUCUGCUGUGAAAAGCUGUGAAAUGUGAUAAUGUUGAAGAUAUUCUACAUGGGUGUUGUCAUUGUGUAGGAUCCAAAAGUUGCUGCGUCACUGCCUGACUGCAGCUCAUCUCUUUAUUAUGACAGUCACAAAGUCUAAAUUAAUUACGUUAAAGCAAAUGCAUGGAUUAAUAUACCAAGCAAAUAGAUUCCUAACAUGAGACCCAAUCUAACAGAUUCCAUGCCAGUCCUUUCUGCUAUCAUUUCAACCCUAAAUCUUGUACAAAAGAGAUUAUGCUGUCAAGUUUAUUAUAACAUUUUUUUUGUUGUUUUUACUGUCAGCAGUAAAUGAAAUGAAAUCAAAUUCAAAUUACUUCCAGUGAUUGGGUUGGAGGCUAAAAUUUAAGAGGCAGUAACACCCAUCCCACCAAGACAAAUAAAAGCAGAACUCCCCAUCUGACUAGAAACCUACUGAGGAUUUUUUUUCUGAUUUGUGUGAAUUGACCCUUUAUACUGUAUAUUCUUUUGAAAGCCCAAACUGUAUACUGACAGCAAAACAUGAGGAUUACCACAUAGUAUGGAUAUGCAAUACAAUUAAAAAUAAUACUUUGAUGAAAUGAUACUUUGAUAAUAACAUCUUUUCAAUAGUAUUUGUCAGUUUUCAGAAUCAGAAUCGUCUUUAUUGCCAUUGUAAGUGAAAAGGUUUCACAUUACUAGGAAUUUGUCUUGGUGAUUGGUGCAUACAUAGAACGUAACAAGUAACAUAUAAUAG